CCCGACCCGAUUUCCCCACGCCAUUGAAUAUCAUCUCCUCUCUCUCGCACGAGUUCCAGCAUUCGAGAGCGAGUGGGGAAAAACUCUCUAUCUGGUUUUGGUGGGUUUGUAGAAGAAUCUGAUCUCCAUGGAUCGUGCUGAGCUUACUACUGAACAGGUUCUCAAGAGGGACAUACCAUGGGAGACUUACAUGUCAACCAAGCUAAUUACAGGAACAGGCCUGCAAUUGUUAAGACGCUAUGACAAAAGACCUGAAAGCCAACGGGCUGCUUUGCUUGAUGAGGAUGGACCUGCUUAUGUUCGUGUUUUUGUGAGCAUAUUACGUAAUAUUUCUAAGGAAGAGACGAUUGAAUAUGUGCUUGGCCUUAUUGACGAGAUGCUUACUGCAAAUCCAAAGCGGGCUAGACUAUUUCACGACAAAUCACUUUCAAAUGAAGAUAACUAUGAACCUUUCUUAAGGUUGCUUUGGAAAAGUAAUUGGUUCAUACAAGAAAAGAGCUGCAAAAUAUUGUCACUGAUUGUUAGUGUGCGCCCUACAUCUCAGAAUGGUUUAGUUUCAAAUGGAGAGACCUCACACUCAAAGUCCACAUUUACAACUAUUGAUGAUGUGCUAAAGGGUUUAGUCGAGUGGUUGUGUUCUCAGCUUAAAAGUCCGUCUCAUCCCAGUUGUGCUGUCCCAACUGCUAUCAAUUGCCUUGCCACUUUGUUGAGGGAAACGUCUGUUAGAGCUUCAUUUGUGCAGGCAGAUGGAGUAAAAUUACUAAUUCCUUUGAUUUCUCCAGCAUCCACUCAGCAAUCUAUCCAGCUUCUUUAUGAGACAUGCCUCUGUGUUUGGCUUCUGUCCUAUUAUGAUGCUGCAGUGGACUACCUGUCCACUACUAGGGUCCUGCCAAGACUUGUGGAUGUUAUAAAGGGAUCUUCCAAAGAGAAGGUUGUGAGAGUUGUCAUAUUGACCUUUCGGAAUUUGCUCUCAAAGGGGGCCUUCGGAGCUCAGAUGGUUGAUCUUGGAUUGCCCCAAUUAGUACAGAGUUUAAAGGCACAGACCUGGAGUGAUGAGGAUUUGUUGGAUGCACUGAAUCAGCUAGAGGAAGGGCUUAAAGAUAAUAUCAAAAGGUUGAGUUCAUUUGAUAAAUAUAAGCAGGAAGUUCUUCUAGGCCAUCUUGAUUGGUCCCCCAUGCACAAGGAUCCAAAUUUCUGGCGUGAAAACAUCACACAUUUUGAAGAAAAUGAUUUCCAGAUCCUGCGUGUGCUCAUCACAAUCCUAGAUACAUCAAAUGAUCCAACCGCACUUGCUGUUGCUUGUCAUGAUAUUUCUCAGUUCAUUCAGUACCACCCAUCUGGGAGGAUCAUUCUAUCUGACCUGAAGACAAAGGAACGGGUGAUGAAACUAAUGAAUCAUGAGAAUGCCGAGGUGACCAAGAAUGCCCUUCUUUGUGUUCAGAGGCUUUUCCUCGGCACCAAGUAUGCUAGCUUUCUUCAGACUUAAUGCUCGCCGGCCACCGCCCAUACACAAACAUUUUGCCGUUGUGGUUUCAGACAUUGUAGUCUGAAAGUCUUGAAGCUGUCUGUUGUGUCAUUAUUUGCGAGUAAUUCUCCAAACAACAAAAAUAUCAGAGUUUUAUUUCCAUCUGAGCUAUUUAUAUAUGUGCAGAAUAAGAGUAUGCUUUCUUUCGCACUGAAAUAAGCUGAUAUGAUUCAAUUAUUAUUGUUGCUUA